CACUAACAGGCUGAAGCAUGGCAGUACCUACCGGCAGAGCUGUGGUAUUCGUUACCGGGAACGCGAAAAAAUUGGAAGAGGUAGUUCAGAUCCUCGGUGACAAAUUUCCCUACAAACUGACUUCUAAGAAGAUUGACUUGCCUGAAUAUCAGGGGGAACCAGAUGAGAUUUCUAUACAGAAGUGUCAAGAAGCAGUCAGGCAGGUGGAUGGGCCAGUGCUCGUGGAGGACACCUGUCUAUGCUUCAGGGCGCUAGGAGGACUACCAGGACCUUACAUAAAAUGGUUCUUGGAUAAACUGAAGCCUGAAGGAUUGUAUAAAUUGCUGGCGGGUUUUGAAGAUAAAUCAGCCUGGGCUCUGUGUACAUUUGCUUUCUGUGCUGGAAAAGAGGAGCCAGUUCAGCUGUUCAGAGGAAUAACCGAGGGCCGUAUUGUUGAGCCCAGGGGUCCGAGGGAUUUUGGCUGGGAUCCUUGUUUCCAGCCUGACGGUUAUGAAAAAACUUAUGCUGAGCUCCCUAAAGAAGUGAAGAAUAGCAUCUCCCAUCGGUACCGUGCCCUGGCAGCCUUGUCCGAACACUUCUCCCAGCAAAACGACACACCGGAAACCAAGCGCACAAAACGCCAGGACUGAGUUCUGUUCUCUUUCCAAGCAGAAUCGGCCAAUCACAGCUCAGUUUGGCUCUGCCUCAAAUUAAUGCACUAAUGUGCUGAUCUUAAACAAAUUAAUAUGUACUCCAUCCUCUUUGUCUUAUAAAUGCUUCGUUUAUAAUAAAUAAAAAUAACAGUAUAUCAUAGUCUUUCAUUCUAAUAUUCAUUUCAAAUCUAAAUCUAGAUGGAUUUAAUUAAGUUACCAUUAGCUAUAGUAACUAUAGUUAGCUUUAUGUAAAAAAUGUUUAUGGUAUGUCCCCAUUUGAAUUGCUUUGUAAAAGUGUGUGUGUGGCUAUACGUUUGAGGGCCGAAUGUCCUCACUUAUAUAGUGAAAUAUUAUGAUAACUGACUAGUAAGGAGUAAAAGAAUAUGUUUAUGGCACGUUUGUUUGGUAGGUUUAUGGUAGGGCUUGGGUUGAUAUAAAGUCAAUGGAAGUCUGUUUGAUGUCUUCAGUAAUAUAAUGAAGCACUAUCCUGUGUGUGUGAGGACUGAGCAGGUCUCCGGAUAGAGACGUGGGGAAUUCAGAGUAAUAAAUCUUUUGGAUGUUCCUGUGACACCUCCUGUUUGUUCAUCUGCCCUCUGCGCAGGGGGGAGGAUGUUACUCUGUAUUACAGUUUUAUCAUCCACUGUUUGUGUUUCUCAUUAUUAAUGGCAUGCAGGCAGUGUUUUCACUGCUGUUUCUUGCAUUCUCUGUCAUUCACUCGCUCGCU